CGAUGGCCUCGAGCAGUCAAGGACACUUUGAUGCUUAUGAAUCACUGGAUCUUACAGAGUUUGCCAAAAACCAGCCUUGGUGGCGCAAGCUUUUCGGGCAGGAGACACGACCUUCAGGAGAGAGAUACAGCGUGGCCACCCAGCUCCUGAUUGGCGGUGUCACCGGCUGGUGCACUGGCUUCAUAUUUCAGAAAGUUGGAAAGCUGGCAGCCACAGCGGUAGGAGGGGGCUUUUUUCUUCUCCAGCUCGCAAACCAUACUGGCUACAUCAAAGUCGACUGGAAGCGAGUAGAAAACGACGUGAAAAAGGCCAAGGAGCAGUUGAAGAUUCGGAAGAGCGCACAAAUACCAACCGAAGUCAAGAGCAAAGCCGAGGAGAUGGUGUCCUUUGUAAAGAAGAAUGUUUUAGUAACUGGAGGAUUUUUUGGAGGCUUUCUGCUCGGUAUGGCAUCCUAAGGGGUAUCUCUUCACUUCUACUGUUCAGCAGCUUCUACACUCCAUCAUAGGAAAAUCCAGACUCUCCUCUUCCUCUUCAGGCAUUCCUCCCUGUUGUAAAUCUGAACCGCUUCCAUAGGCAUCUUUGCCCAUGCAAGUAAACACAGGCCCUCCCAUGGGCUUGACAAGCCAGGGGGAAGCACACACUCCAUCUGGAGACCAACAAGAAUAGUCUUUUUCCUGUAAAAUAUGCCCCAAACCAUCUUUAAGAUCUGUCCCUAACAGUCAAGCUGGAGGAGCGGCGCACAAUUACCUUACUAUGUGCUUCGUGGAAAGGAACUGAAUGUAUCUGACUUUGAGCAUGGGAAGAAAGAAAACACAGCAGGGACGGUUGUGGGAGUUCCACGAACUAGCCAGCUAUUUUAGGGGGACAGUCUCCUUACAGAAUUUUACAAGUAAAUUGAUUUACUUUCUUUUCCUCUUGACAAUUACCCCAGUAAACUCUAAUUAUCAGUUAUCUUAGUUCAGCACU